AUGUUCUUGCAGAGUUUUCCUGACCAAGACGUACUGGGCCAGGCUUUCGAAGAUGCGCUAGAAGUACUGCAGCAGCACUCUGACAGAGAAAUGCAGUAUUUACCAGGUUACAAAAAUUGCCUGACUGUGAUCAACCACCACCACCACCUCCGUGCAAGUCCCAGCUACUCUGCAGCACCAUCUACAGAGGACCCAGGGUACAGCUGGAGAAAUGUGAUUAACAGUGCAGCAGAUUUUUAUGCAGAUGAGACUGUCUACCAUACACUGCAGAAUACUCCAGAAAGCCAAGUGAUGCAUGCUGCUGCUGCCCAGCCAAAAGCAGGGAAAGGCAGAAAAAAACUUCGACUGUUUGAGUACCUCCAUGAAUCUCUGUAUGACCCAGCUAUGGCAAACUGCAUCCAAUGGGUGGAUAAGCCCAAUGGUGUCUUCCAGUUUGUCUCCAAAAACAAGGAGAAACUUGCUGAGCUGUGGGGAGAAAGAAAGGGAAACCGCAAGAUCAUGACAUAUCAGAAAAUGGCCAGAGCACUGAGGAAUUACGGAAGAACAGGAGAAAUCAUUAAAAUUCGAAGGAAGCUGACAUACCAAUUCAGUGCUGUUGUUUUACAGAGACUUGCUCCAUCUUACUUCUUGGGAAAAGAAACAGUUUAUCAUCCAUACAUUCAGUCUAAUCAAGAAUAUCAGUGUGCAGAUGACUGGAUCAGUUACAAUAAUUACAUGUACAACAAUGGUUAUGCACUACAGCAUGCUAACAGCUAGGUAUGUCUUUCACAUAAAUAGGCUUUUGUUA